UUGUGUUCAUUUUUUCAUAAUUCGAAUGAAAAUGAAUUCCAAAUUAAUUUUAUUCAUUUUGGUGAUUGUAUCAAUUAAAAAUAGCAAUGUUUUUGGUGCAAAAUAUAUCGGUAGUUGUCAUCGUCAUAAAUGGAUAAAUUUAACGCUCGUUUGUGUCGAUGGUUUGACAGAGAAUAACAUAUACUUGUCCAACGACAAUGACAUGUGCAGUGAUACGCAGACGGGCACAUGGCGAUUGGUUGAUACUAUAAAUUUCGAAAAUUGUGAAACUCCAAAGCUACCAGAUAAAUUGUUUGAUAUCUAUGAAAUCGAUACGUUGAAUAUGACAUGCCUUGGUUAUAAAUCAUUCGACUUGGAUGCAUUUGAAACUGUCAAAAAUAUUCGUUUAAUAAAUGCAUCACAAAAUUCGGUUGAGGAGAUUCAAGCAGGUCUGUUCAAAGAUAGUAAAAACAUUGCAAGGAUCGAUUUAUCAUUUAAUAAAAUCAAAAAAGUCGAUCCAAAUGCAUUUUCGGAAGAGAGCCGCUUGGAGGUUUUAAAUUUGGCUCACAACAACAUCGAACAAUUAAGUGGCAACUUUAUUAAAAAGCUACCGAAAUUGGAGAUUUUUCAAUUGUCCGAAAAUCAAUUGACUGACAUUCCAACCGAACUCAAGCACACUCGAUUGGUUCAUUUUAAUGCGUCACAUAAUAAAAUCACCGAAAUUCCAGCCAACAUAUUCAAUUAUACCCAUAAUCUUAUCAAUCUGGAUCUAUCAUACAACGAAAUCAAAUCG